AUGCAGACUGAAGCGCCUUCAUCUGUCCAUUUCGUCGCUGGGCAAGCGCAGCUUCCGCUGCAAUACGUGGCUCGCUCCUCUUCUCCGCCGAUGAUUCCUGGCGGGCUCGCGGCGGGGCCUUCCAUUCCUGGGCAGCCGGCGGCCGUGUCUCUUCAGGCCCCGUAUGCGGCGCCGCAGCAGCUGGAGGUCCCCAUGCUCGGUUCACAGAAUUAUGGGUGUCAGGUCGCCCCUGCACGCGAGCUCUUGCCUCCCGGUUUUCGGCCGGAGCGCGACCUCCCCCCAGCUGAGUCUGGCGGGACAGAUGGCCCUGAGGUGGAGGACUUGACGGGACCGACUUUGGAGGCUCCAGAGUCCCCGUCCUCGCCCCCGUCGCCCGGAGAAGUAGCGGGAUCAGGUCGGGGCGCCAGAAGCCCCCCCGUGUGUCUGUUUCAGCUAGCUGGCGAGACGUUUUAUCUCGGGGACUGGGUUCGCCUUAAGAGCUCGGGCGAGCGAGACUGGGUGGCGCAGAUCGUCGCAUACUUUCCAGGGUCAGACGCGAGUGACUUAGGGGAUGGCGCGGAGGAUGCAGACGGCGAGAGCGGCGGCGGAGGCCGCAUUCUGUGUCGGUGGGGCUGGGAUCCUCGGGAUCUUCGAAAGGAGGCCUGCCCGGCGUUGCCGCUGCAAUCCUACAGCCGUUUCGAGGUCAUCCCGGCGAUCAACUUUUGCGACGAAAACCCCAUUCAAAGCAUCAAGGCCAAGGUCCGCGUGGAGCGCUACGAGAAGUGGAGGCUUCGGACCUCGUAUCCGCCCCUCGUUCGCUGCGCGGCAGACGAAGAGGAUGAAGAGAAGCACGCGGCUCGAGAGAGCGCCGGUGCCGCGUCCGCACCGGAGGAAGCAGGCCGCGCGGGAAUGCCCUCCGUUCUGUUUUUUCGGCACUGCCACGAGAUCGAGACCGGCUUCCAUCCCUCGCUUUUGGCAGACGUCUAUCGGUUCAAGGGAAUCAGUCGUUCUCUCUCCGCGGCAGCGGCCUCGCCGACCACGGGAGACUCACCUAUUCCACAGUUGCCCUCUCCAGGUUCAGCGGCGGAGUUCCCCGGCGGGGUCGCGAAGGCGCCGGUGAUUGACUUGUGCGCCGAGGAAGGCGAGCAGGGAUCGGCGCUCGCGACCGGAAGCGGCGUGCCUGAAGGGGGGGGGAGUCGCUCCGCUGUGCCCGCCUACCGCAGGUACCAGUGUGCGCGGAAUCCCGACGUGCGGCAUUUCUUCUGUUGCCACUGUCAAAGCACCUUCGCGCCUCCGGACGACAUCUCGCCUCCGGCGUGGCCCGAGGGGGAGGCGGGGGGGGGCCCGGGGUCUCAUGGUCCGGCGGCGUCGUACCACCCCGCCUUGGUUGCGCCAGCGGGCGGAACGAGCCCGCCGCUCCCCGAACUCGAGCUCCUGCCGCUGGCUGAAUUCCUUCAGUCGACAGACGAGGCGCCCGUCCGCGUCCUCGCGCCCGCGCAGCUCCCUUUCGUCUGGAGGCGGUUCCCUGCGGAGGGCGACUUCACCAUUCUCUGCUGGAAGUGCAAAGGCAAGCGGCGCCGGAAGCGCGAAGGCGUGACGGAGAAGCUGAAACCGAGGCGGGAAUCCGAGACGCCGCGCGCGGAACGAAAGAGCGGUGUGGUCAGCCGAAGGAAGCGCCGAGACGACUCGGCCGACGAGGUGGAUGCGGCAGGGGGCGACGCGCGGCGAGGCGGCGCCUCUGGAGGCGAGAAGGGCCCUCGUUCGGAGUCGCAGCAGCGAGAUGCUGGGCGGCUGCUGAAGAAGACGCUUUCAGAGCGCCAGGAUAAGGAGGAGGGCUCGCCGUCGCGCGCGCAGAAACGGCGACGUGAAGCGGAAGGCGAGGCGGCGACGGGGAGCGCCAGUGAAAACGCGCGUAGCGGCGACGACACCGAUGCAGAAAAAACGACGCAGGAGUCGAGGAAGCGGCAAGAUGGAACCGAGGCCGAGCGGGGACGGAAGCGUCGGAAGGCAGCGCGUGGCGUCGCGCGAGCCGCAGCAGCCGCGAUGGCCGCAGAGGCUUCCUCUUCGAGCGAUGCAGGGCAGAAAGAGGAUUCAGAUGGAGACUUUGUCGCGGAGAGCGACGAGGAAAGUGGCGGCGAAGGCGUGCAACCCGAGCACGCGCCAACGGAGGAUCGCGACCACGAGAAAUCCAAGCGCCCAGUCCGCCAAGGAGGAUCGACAGGGCACGCAGACGGCCUCUCUGCCCCCUUCCUCUCUCGAAAAGUCAGGAAAGACGGAGGGAUGACGAACGGGGCCUCGACUGCCGGGGCCUCGACUGCCGGGGCCUCGACUGCCGGGGCCUCUGCAGCGACCGCGUCAGGGUCGCGGGUCAAGGCCUCGGCAGCCACCUCGUCGCGCAGGCCAUCUAGCGGUGCGGCGGCGUCCAGCGUCGCCGCUUCAGCGGGAGUGCCUCGAAAACCCGCUUCCACGGACUGGCACGCAGGCAACCAGGCGCGCGUUGAUCGCCUCGCAGAAGCGUUUCGCCUGGGGAUUCGAGAGCUCGCGCAGGAGGCGAAGGCCGCUGCGGCCGGCGCAGGCCGCGCGAAGGCGUCCGCAACGCCGGGGGCGGCGGCCAAAGAAGAAGUCGCCCCAGUCGUCAAGGUGCAAGACGACGGAGGCGCUGCAGCAGAAAGCAGGACAGGAGACUCCGCUUCCUCUGAAUCGACCGACGGCGGAGCCAAGGCGUCCGAGACAGAAGAUCCUGUCGCAAGGAUGCUGCGGGGCCUCCGUUUCUCUACUGGGGAGGCGUGCGCGAAGGCCGUGAAUGCGGCCUUCAUGUCUCAGCACAGGACUUUGAAUUCGCGCCGACAGAAGCAGCGGUUCUUCGAGCUUCUCUCGAACUUGAAGCGAGAAAACAACCAGGAGCUCAGGAAGAAAGUGCUGACGGGUCAGAUUUCCGUCAACCGCUUGGUCACGAUGGAGUCCGCCGAGCUCGCCCCUUCGUUUGUGCGGAAGGAACGUGAGGAGGAGCGUGAACGCCACUUCCGGCAAGCAGUUCUUCUGCAUGAGACGCCCGUGACGGCCUUGGCGCGUCUGCGCAAGACGCACAAGGGCAUCGAGCCCGUCCUCGAGGACUCGGAUUUCCUUCAGUCGUCGCCUCCGGCGUCAGAGCCGGCACCUCCAGUCAUUGCCGUUGAGAAGGGCCGCCAGGGGAAGGCGAAGCACAAGAGAGAACGCGUCCGCCUGCACGAGAGCGGCAGCAGCAGCAGCUCGGGCGGGUCGAGUGACUCUAGCGAUGGAGCGACUUCGGACGGCGAGGAGAGCGGCAGCGGCACCUCGUCAAGCAGCUACGACAGCAGCGACGACAGCGCCAGCAGCAGCAGCGACAGUGACUUUGGAGGGGACUCCUCGCCGUCCCGAAAGCGAGCGGAGGGGGGCGGAGCGGACGAAAGCGGGGGGGGAGUUGUCGGGGCCUCGGGGCCUGCGACCGACGCGCCGGAAGGAAGUCAAGACGCAGCCGCCGCCUGUCGAGUUCAAGAGCAGCUCGCCUCGUUGAAGCGGUUGUUCUCGCAGGCUGCGCCCGGCGUGGGGGCGAGCCCAGGCUCUGAGGACCACGGGGCGGGGGGCGACGGAGUCUCCGUGCAGAGUGAAACGAGCGCAGGGGACGCGAAGGGAUCCGAGGGCGGUGGAGAGCGAGGCGCUUCGCAGAGGCCACGGCAGCCUCGCGAGAGACGGGUCGUCUUCGCAGGCCAGACACGCAGCGCGGACGGGGGAGGAGGGAAGGGAAUCUCUACCAAGAGCAGAAGGCGAAGGCAUCUGCUGGCGCAUACGAGCGCGUCGGGGGCGCCUGGUGCUGCGGUCCCGCACCUUCCGCGCCUUCCCGAGCUCCUUCCGAAUCAGGCCGCGGGCGACGAGUCUCCUCAACAACGGGGAGGAGGCGGCAAGGAGGCCGGCAGAAAAGAUCCGGCGGGAGCGCGGGGCGGGCGCCAGUCAAGCGCAAGCACGAAUCUGGGGGUUCCCCUGGACUGCAGUACCUUCAGCCCCGAAGCAUGCAAAGAACGCGUCCGGCAGCUCCUCGAGAGUGUCCCCGCGGUCGGCACGCAGGCGCCGCCAGCCAGAGCCACGCCCCUCCUCGACUACCGGGCUGUUGUGGGCUCCAUGCUCCGCUAUCUCAACGUCGCGCUAGACCGCGUCACAGCAGAGGUUCAUCGGCGAUGA